AUGGCUGCUGAGCCUCUGCCCGCAGCGCCGCUCACCCGGCGGCCCCUCCUGCUCGGCCAGGUGGAGGGCUCGCAGGACGUGGUGACCAUGGCGGCCAUCGUGCCCAAAGAAGAGGGGCUCAUCAGCGUCUCGGAGGACAGAACCGUUCGUGUAUGGAUGAAGAGAGACAGCGGUCAAUAUUGGCCAAGCAUAUACCACGCAAUGCCAUCUCCAUGUUCGUGCAUGUGUGUUAAUCCGGAAACGCGAAGGCUGUCCGUCGGUCUAGACAAUGGUACAAUUUCGGAAUUUAUUUUAUCAGAAGAUUACAACAAGAUGACACCAGUUAAAACUUACCAGGCUCACCAGAGCAGGGUUCUGAUGGUUCUGUUCGUUCUGGAGAUGGAAUGGAUCCUGAGCAUAGGCCAAGACAAGUACUUCACCUGGCAUUGUUCAGAAAGUGGGCAGCGGCUCGGCAAUUACCGGAUUAGUGCAGGUGCCUGCGGACUACAAUUUGACAUGGAGACGCGGCACGUUUUUAUCGGUGACCAUUCUGGACAGGUGACCAUCCUUAAACUGGAGCAAGAAAACAGCAACCUGAUAACAACUUUUAGGGGGCAUACAGGUGGCAUCAGUGCCCUCUGUUGGGACCCUGUGCAGCGUGUCUUAUUUUCAGGCAGUUCAGAUCAUUCAAUUAUUAUGUGGGACAUCGGAGGAAGAAAAGGAACAGCCAUUGAACUACAAGGACACAAUGAUAAAAUUCAGGCGCUCUCCUAUUCUCAUCACACUCGGCAGCUUAUCUCUUGUGGAGCCGACGGAGGGAUUGUCGUCUGGAAUAUGGAUGUUGAGAGGCAGGAGACACCAGAAUGGUUGGACAGCGACUCUUGUCAAAAGUGUGACCAGCCGUUCUUCUGGAACUUCAAACAAAUGUGGGAUAACAAGAAAAUAGGCCUUAGACAGCAUCAUUGCCGGAAGUGUGGGAAAGCUGUCUGUGGCAAAUGCAGCUCAAAGCGCUCCUCCAUACCGCUUAUGGGGUUUGAAUUUGAAGUGAGAGUCUGUGACGGUUGUUAUGAAUCAAUAACAGAUGAGGAGCGUGCUCCCACGGCCACUUUCCAUGACAGCAAACACAACGUCGUCCAUGUACACUUUGAUGCAACCCGGGGGUGGUUGCUGACAUCUGGGACAGACAAGGUUAUUAAGCUGUGGGACAUGACACCUGUGGUAUCCUGAUACAUAAAUGUAAAGCAGCACAGUGAUACUGAAGAAGGGAUUCCUAAGCCUGUUGCAGAUGAAGCAAGCUGUGUAAUGACUGAUAAGGGAGAGAACUAAUACUUCUGAAUGGCUUUUCAAGUGAUCUACCAGAUUUGGGGUGAACACCUGCACCAAAUGCUCUACUUCUCUUUGUUCUCAAAAUACAGAAGAUAUUUUUUUAAACCUACAAAUUACACACUCUGACUCUGUUCAGCCAUUUGGAACUUGCCUGGAACAUCUGUGUGCAGUGUGGUUUGUGUUUCAUGUUCUACGUUGACUUGUGCUAUUUGUGGGGGAAUUCUUUGCAGAUAUGAGCAGCUGUCUGCAGUGCUAGGUUGGGAAGGAUGAAUCUGCUGUUGGGGAGACAAAACAGCAAGCCAAGUAUUCUUCUUUCCAUAAUAUCCGACAGAGAGUCAUUGAGUAAGAACUUGGAUGACAAACUGCUGUAAAAGAUCAGAGCAGACAGAGCUCUUUUUAACAGGAAAGGUCUCCUUUGUAAUUGUUUUCUAGGAAAUGGUACUGUGGGAUGUGAGGGGGAGGAGAGGAGAGGCAAAGCCCAGUCUAAGAGCGAUGCUUAUUUAGCCACGAAUUUCAAAAUGCCUAAACUAGCUUUCUGGCCCCAAGCAUUUCUACCAGUGAGUGUAGAAGCCAGUUGAAACUGAGUAUGGAUCUAAUGGAUUUAUGUGGUUGCCAGGAACUUGUCAAUGCAGGGAAUGUCCUUCAGUUUAGCUGGCCCAGCAGUGGCGAAACUUUCUUUGAGGAUUCUGCUAGAAUUGAUGUGCUUUGCUGGGUAUGGUUUGAAACUAACUGUCUCAUUUCUGUCACCCUUCUGGCAGAAUGAGUGUUUCUAAAAUCGCUGAUGAUUGUAAUUGUUUUUAAUUCUCAAUGUAGCCCCCAAAUUAAGGCGGUUAAAUUUCACAUUUUGUUUUGCUGCCUUAUUAGGCAAUUCCCCCCCUCCCCAAAAAAUAAAAAUAAAAAUGGAAA